GCGCGCUGGGCUGCCGCGCGCGGGGGGCAGCGGGAGAUGCUGUGUCUGUGUGGCCGGAGCCUGAGGCCCAGCGCUCGGGUGACCCGGUUCAUCAGGUCCUGCAGCGGCGGCCCCACGGCCAGGCCGCUGGUGAGGGUCAGCGAGGCGCUGAGCCGCGGGGCGGGAGAGGAGGCGGUGCGGCUGCAGGGCUGGGUGCGGUCUGUUCGUACACAGAAGGAAAUUACAUUUUUCCAUGUUAAUGAUGGAAGUUCAUUACAAAGCCUUCAAAUAGUUGCAGACCCUCAUUUAGGAUCCAGAGAUAUAACCUUCGGCAGUGCGGUUGAAGUUUGGGGGAAAUUAGUGCCAAGUCCCCACCAGAAACAGAAUGUGGAACUACAAGCUAAUAAAAUCACAUUAGUUGGAUCAUGCAAUCCAGUGAGCUUCCCAUUUAAGAUCAAAGACAGACAUUCACUGGAAUACCUAAGACAAUUUCCUCAUCUUCGAUGCAAAACAAAUGUCUUCAGUUCACUCCUUAGAUUAAGAAGUGAAGCAACUGCAGCUAUUAAUUCCUUUUUUAAGAACAAUGGAUUUAUACACAUCCACACACCUAUAAUAACAUCAAAUGAUUGUGAAGGAGGUGGAGAACUCUUCCAAGUUGAACCUGCUUCAAGGAAAGAAGAUAAAAAUCAGGACAAUCCUCAUUUCUUUAAUGUUCCUUCAUUCCUAACUGUGUCUGGACAACUGCAUUUGGAAGUGAUGGCAGGGGCUUUCACUCAAGUGUACACAUUUGGCCCUACAUUUCGAGCAGAGAACUCCCAAACUCGAAGGCAUUUAGCAGAGUUUUAUAUGGUGGAAGCAGAGCUUGCCUUUACUGAAAGUCUUGAAGACAUUAUGAAGGUGAUGGAGAACCUCUUCAAGUCUGCAACCUCACAUAUUCUUUCAGAAUGUCCAGAAGAUGUUGAACUCUUUCACAAAUAUUUAGCUCCUGAACAGAAGGAUACAUUGGAGAAGAUGCUGAAAAACACAUUUAAAGUGUUGUCUUAUACUGAAGCGAUUGACAUUUUGCAGGACAGUACAAAAACCUUCACGUUUAAACCACAGUGGGGCUGUGAUCUACAGACUGAACAUGAGAAGUAUCUGGUACAACACUGUGGCAAUAUUCCUGUUUUUGUAAUUAACUACCCAUAUGACAUCAAGCCUUUCUAUGCCAGAGAUAAUCAAGAUGGACCUCAGCAUACAGUGUCAGCAGUGGAUCUCCUGGUGCCUGGAAUAGGUGAAUUAUGUGGGGGCAGUCUGAGGGAGGAACGACUGGAUCUACUACAGUCCCGUCUAAAACAAUCUGAAUUUUGGAAGAAAUAAUGUGCAAAAUAGUUUUGGCUCUUGCUUAAAGGAAAAUAAACCGUCUAAGAAAUGGCACUUCAAUAAGGCAAAUGGUUCAGAGGCAGGCACAGUGUCCUCUUCACUCAGAGCUGAUCCUCUUACUCUGUCCACACAAGCUAAACCAGUUUGUAUUCUCUUUCCCACUAAGCUCAUAAUUUUGAUGAAUUUCUUAGGACUGUCUGAUUAUUUCAGUGCUAAAUGUUGCAGGAUCAAAGCAGUGAAUUUGGAGCUUGAAUGAGUUCAUGGUGACUGGUUGAUAUGUUUUUCUGUUUAUUCACUGAAUGAAGGUAGAUGUAAAAAUGCAUGAACAUUCUUAUAGAAAUCAUUUGGACUUUGUAAUGUAUUGAUUUAGAGUUUUAAAUUCAGAACAUACUUUGUGUGUGUGAGUAAAUAUUGCUUGCCAGUAUCUUUAAAGCAACAUUAUCACUUUUUUAGUUUUUUUAGGUGUGAUAUUUUAAUUGCCUUAACUAUUAAUAAUAGCAUCAAUAGUAACCAAUAUGAUCUCUACAAAAUUGUUAGAGUUCAAAUGCAUUAAGCUUUGUACAGUUUCUACAUGGUCUCACACAGCGUUGACCAUUAUGAUCAACUAUUUGUAGGGUGGGGGUGAUUCAUAGCUGAGCACCUUUCAGUCUUCACCUAAAAUCCAUGCAUAUGCAGUACCAACAUUGAAUACGACUUACUCAAACUCUUGAGUUGCAGGCAAAUUGUACAAGAAGUAUAAAAUCCAAUUUCAUCAAUAAUCCAUAUUGCACAUGUGUAAUUCAAUGUAGCUGGUGACUGCUCAUGCGGUGGUUCGUCACUGCAGCGGUAAGUACACAUGCAGUGACAGGUAAAGACUACAUUUCCCGCAAUUCAGUAUGUGGUGACCUGUCGCCAUGUGUGCACUUACCAGCAAGCAUUGGAAUCACAGUGAAUCGUGGGAAAUUAAGUUCUUCUAAGCAAGUGUCGACAGAUCAAGAAUACGUUUCCCACAUGCUGCCGGCUAGUAAGUGCACAUGUCUCAACAGGUCAGGACAUCAUUUCUUGCUAUUCAAUGGAGCCGGUAUGUGCCAGAGCAAUGGAGGGUAGGAGAAUGGUGUUACGAGUUAGAAGGUGAUUAAUACGAGUAAUGCAAAGAAAUCUUUAAGUGAUUCUGAAUGGGACUCGGGGGAAUGUACAACUUAGGCGAGUUUUACAGAAUAAACCAAUGUGAGUCUACAAUGAAACUGCAGUCCAAUUUUGAACUUGAACCUGUAAUGUGGUUCAGUAGCAUACCUUGUCAGCCACUGGGUGAUUUUAAAAAUUUUUUAUUUUAACCUCGCCAUACAAAACAAUUUUGUCUUAUAAAUUAGGAUCAUGUAGAAGUUUAGAAAAAUCGUAAAUCGAUUCUUAAUUCGUAAAGCUUUUUUCACAAUUGAAGAGAAACGCCCUCUAAAUUAGGGUUGAAUUUUAAGAAUUUUCUGCAAUUCUGUAAAACUUAAAAUAUUAAGAUGAAAAGGUUUUAUAGGGUACAACUAGGUGGACGUUUGGUCCUUAAACUAGGUGGAAGUUUGGUCCUGGAGUCCUGUAGCUCAGUGGUUAGAGCACUCGCUUUGCA